AGUAACAAGUUUAAUAUUAAGAUAUGCCCCUUUCAAGCAAUAAAAUACUUUCACGUCGUCACUGAACGAUGUUUUAUACAUUUCAGUCUGAGGUCUCCAGGUAAUUACUAAUUAUGUCAUUGAAUCAGUGGCAUAACGUUAGGUCUGGUGGUACAUUUAGAUCAUAGUAUCUGUAAUAUGGUGUCAGGGACCUGUCCACCGUGCCACCGGUAUGGAACAUAUCUUACCAAACACUCCACGUAAUGUGAUCUCCAUGUGACUGUGUUUAUCAUUGAACAUACAUCACGUCAACUUUUCAUGACUAUAACAUUCAGUGGUGAAACGACCGCCAACUACUCCCGCUAUGUGAUGUCCUACAUCAGAUGCAGACUGCAAUUUGAUUUGCUGAGCACGUGCAUAACAUCUAUCAGGGGAUUCAGACGAGUGAAAACUCUCCAACCUACUGGUUAAACUAAUUACAACACUACAAAUCUAUUACAUUUAUUGAGUUCAGGGAUGGAAAACGAUGACGGGCAAACGGGGCACAUUGAUAGUGCCCCAGCCAGUAGAGAACAUGUAGAGACGAAUGAACAAGCUGAAGAAGAAAUUACUAAACCUGAAGAAGAUUGUUUCUGCAAGGAACACAUUGAAGAUUCUCUAUGGAUUAGAUGUGAUUGCUGCAUCAAAUGGUGUCAUCUUGAUUGUGUUGGACUGACAGGACUUGACGAGGUUCAGGUGCUUUUGAUCAAACAAUAUAAGUGUCCACACUGCAUUGUCAAUGCGACAACAAUGCUGAUCAAGUUGAGUGAAACCAUUAAUGAAACGAUUACCAAUGCUGUUAAAAACAGUCUGCAGAACGCGUUACCAACCGCAAUGGCUGCUGUCAAAAAAGAUAUAGUCAAUGAAUCAUCUUCAAAAGUGAAGAGCUACGUUGAUGCAGCGAAGGUUGACCUCCAGGCAACUAUUAGUGACAAGCCACCAACUCAAUUAGUGAAGGCAACAGUCCAACAGAUUGAUGCUGACAAGAUCCAACGGAUCAAAAGAGAAUGCAAUGUGAUCAUUAGACACGUUCCCGAAACGGCUAUCAAAGAGAACAGAUCUCAAAGCAAUGAUCUCAAGUUUUUACAUGAAAUUUGUGGCAUGGAAGAAGACGUGAUUGUGUCCUGUUUUCGGGCAGGUAAAUUAACUGAAUCUGGUGAAAGCAGAGAACAUCAACCUAGACCGCUGAUUGUAAAACUAAAAUCAAAAGAGGCUGCAUUGUAUUGGAGUAACUAUGGGAAAGGUUGGAAGAUAGAAGUGGAUUCUGAGAAAACGAAGAAAGAAGUUUAUUGGAUCAAUCAGGAUCUGAACAGAGCUGACAGAGACGUCCAAUUUUUUGUGAGACAGGAACGGAGAAAGCGACUUGCAGAGAAAGCAAAGCUAUAGAAUGCCUAAACCUUAAAUUGUUUUAUAGUAACAGUAAUAGUUUAUGUAAUAAGUUUUGUGAAUUGAGAAAUGCUGUUUCGCUGUACCAGUCUGACAUUGUUUGCAUAAAUGAAACUCAUUUUAACAAUGAAAUUAUUGAUGCUGAAAUUAGCAUACCUGGUUUCAAAAUAUUUAGAAAAGAUAGAGAUUUUACAGUUAAUGAAGAAGUAGGAGAAAGUUCUGUUAGUAGUGGUGGAGGCUGUAUUAUUUAUAUUAAAGACUCUUUGAACCCAGUUGUCAUAGAUUGGUUUAGGGUCACUGAUUCGAUUGCUGUUGAAUUCGAUAGCAACAUUGGUAGGGUAAAUAUUGCAUGUAUUUAUAGAUCAAUGUCUCUUUCUAAAGCGCAGAACAAUGCGAUGACCAAAAUGAUUGCAAAACUAGCUGUUUUUAAUGUUGAAUCAAUCCUAGUUGGAGAUUUAAAUUUACCAAAUGUAUCUUGGCUUAGUGGAACUGUUAAUGCUCCUUUAGGAACAAGUAAUAAGGGUUUAAUUAUAGAAAAGAAUUUUAUGGAAUGUGUACAAGACAAUGGCUUGGUUUGGUAUAUCACAGAUGAAGUUACCAGACGUAGAGUUGUCAGCGGUAAACUUCAAGAGAGUACACUAGAUCAGGUUCUCUCUACAAACAAAGCUAUUGUCAAUGAAGUAAUGAUUGUCUCCCCCUUGGGGAAGAGCGAUCAUGUUUGUUUUAAUGUAGAAUUAAAUCUAAGUCUUAGUAACAGUAAGCAAGAUGAUGAGGCUGCAAAGGAGCCUAGAAAGUUAUGGGGAAAAGUCUCUGGCAAAGAAUUGUUACACAGAUCAGCUGAAAUUGACUGGUCUUUUAGUGAGGGUACUUUAACUUCUGAAGAUAUGUGGAGUGAGUUACACUCAAAGCUUAACUUAGUAUCUGAUAUAGUUCCGACGGAAAAGAACUUUAAAUGUGAGCCUUGGGCAAAUUCAUCCUUAAAAAGAUGCAGGAAAAAGACAGAUAAAUGUUGGUAUAUUUUUGAUAAUAAUCCUUCUUCUGAAAAUCUUAAUGUUGCACUGAACCAACAAGGACAGUUUGAUAGUAAGUCAUUUAAGUGUAAAGUUAAUUAUGAAAGAAAAAUUACACAGUGU